CCCAAUGGAAGUGUCCAGGAUGCUUGUCGCCAUCGGGAAGCCAGCAUAGCAUGGAUAAUCCAAAAGGAAAAAAAAAAAGCAAAGACGCUUGUCCAGAUUGAUGCAGCUGAAGACCUACCUGAUCUUUUCUACUCAAGUUUGACCAUUUGAGCUCAGCCAGUAGCCUCCUGACUGACUAGUUAAGAUGCAGAAAAGACAAGGGUACUGCAGCUAUUGCCGUGUGCAGUAUCCUAACCUGGAACAGCACUUGUUCAGUGCUCAGCAUAGAAGCCUGACCAGACAGAGCCGUCGUCGGACAGCCACCAGUAACACUUUGAUGGAACGCUUCCUGCAGGAUGUACUUCGACACCACCCGUACAAUUACCAAGACAACAACGGACCUGCACCAGAGGAGGCAGCGGUGGCAGCAGCUGGAGCAGUAGCGGGAGCAGCCAUGGCGGAGGGAGCAGCGGCGGAGGGAGCAGCUGCGGAGGAGAGAGCAGCGGCAGCGGCGGCGGCGGCGGCGGCGGAGGGAGCAGCGGCGGCAGCAGCAGCAAAUCCUGAGUCACCUGAAGUGGUUGUUUUGGAUGACUCCGACGAAAAGGAGGAUGAUACUACCGAGAGCACUGGAGAGCAGAACUCGGAGGAUUCGGAAUCUGUUGAAGAGAUAGAUUGUAGACCUGGUACUUCCCAGGAGUGUGCAGAGGUUGCGGUUCGACCAUCAGUUAUUCAAAGGCUGGAGCGGGGGCAGCAGCAGCCCUUGGAGUUGGCUCAGGAAGUUGAGAGUGGUGUGGAAAGAGUUAAUUCAGUCGGUGUUCAGGCUACAACUAGUGGAAAAGAGUUAGUGCGUCCCCCAGUGAUUUGUAAUGCUCCUGCCAGAUCUUUGCCUAGAGGCUCUGAGAGACCAGUUGCGGCUACCAGUGCUCCUCGGUUAGUACUGGCAGUUGCUUCAGAUUCCUUUCCAGCUUGUGACACAGAAAACCUUGAAACAUACUUUGACUCCCCAGAUCAGGGCACUAGCAAUCCGCCAUCUCAACCCGAAACUAAAGACCCGAAAAAGAAACCUUUAAACAUAAAUUUAGACAAAUUGCUUGCACAGAAAAAUCUCAGAGCUCAGGGUGCGUCUUUUUCCCCCGUUGUACGAGUUCGUGAGUUAACAGGUGAUGAGCUUUGUUCUGUAAGAGCUGGGCCGUCUUCUGAGGCAGGGGAAGGCACAUCGGGAAACCCCAGUGAGACUGACACACUAGCACGAGCACUUCGUGAAGGUGCCAUUCCAAAGCGUCGUGGUGAGGCAUCUCGUUCAAAUGUGGUUCGUCCCCGAGAAGAGACAUGUUUGGUCUUUAACAGACAGGAACGCCCAGUGAGUUCUGAAGUGACUUUCCAGCGUGGCUCUCUUCAGCUGGUACCUGGUCAUUCCCAAGCUGCAGUACACGACUUACGUUAUCUGGAGGAGGAAGAGGAGGAAGAAGAGGAAGAAGAGGACGAAGAGGGACCCGAUCAAGAAGAUGAGAGCUACGAAUCUAGAGGUUCUGACACGAGUUUUGAUUCUGAGUCCUCUGGUCAGUCUCCGAGUGCCCUAUCUGAACUGACGGCUAGAGAAAUAAAUGGAUCAGAAGAAACACAUGCUGACAAUGUACAGCCUCAGGAUGAAACACCUACUGUUUCUGGAGCAACUUCAGACAAUGGCAGCAGUUCUCAUCAGGUGCCUACCAACCGUUCUCCAGUGAUUACACAGAACAUACAGCUCAUCAGUCUGGUUGAUGAAAGCUACGAGUCUAGUGGCUCUGAAGAGAAUUUUGAUGGCGAUGACUCUCUUCCGUCAACUAGUCACCAUCCUGCACAGCCUAUGAGAGCAGCAAGCCUUCGUACACAGAUGGCCAUCCGUCUGGUUGACAGCUAUGGAAGCGGCAGCUCUGAAGCAUGUGAAGAUUCUGGGUCCUCAGCUGAUGAGACUCCAGCAGCAGCAGCAGCAGGACAGCAACAGCCUCCGAAGAAUGCCCAUGCACACCUGGUUGAUGAGAAUUACGGGUCAAGUAGUUUCAGUUCUGACAGUGACGCGGCUCCCCAAAUGCCCGCUCAAGAAAGAAGCCCCAGAGACAGAGCUGGCCAACAGGAAAGUGAACACCAACCCAGUAGUGCUGAAGCACAACCUGAACGUGAUGGUUCUCUUGAGACAGUGGCUGAUGAACCCCAGAGAGAAGCAGAAGAAAUAAAUGUUCCGAACCAGAGUACCAGCCGUGGGGAUAUGAACUGUGAGUCUCAUGGUCCUGAAAUGGGUUUUCAUGCUGAUGCUCAAUUAGAGGCUGAUCAAUCUCCACUAAAUCCUGAGGAAGUAGAUCUUGACCUAGAAAAUCAGAGUGUUCACUCUGGCAUUUCUAACCUAAGUUCUGAUUCCCGUGCUUCUUAUCAGUCAGCUAAUGAUCAACCUCAAGGGGCUUGGGGUGAAGUAAAUCUUGAUGAGUUAAAUGUCGACAUGGAAGUUAAGAGCAAUGGGUGCUCCAGUUCUGAGUUGACAUUUGAUUCCGAUUCCCCUCUUCUGUCAGUUACUGAGCGGUCUCUGCUGGAUGUUGAAGGAAUAAACGAAGAUGACUUUAACCUGGAAGAUGAAAGCUGUGUGUCAAGUAGUUCUGACAUAACUUUUGAUUCUGAUAUUCCCGAUGACUCAGUAGCUGACCAACCUCAAGUAGCUGUUUAUGAGGAGGAACCUGUUGAUCUGGAAAAUAAGAGUAAUGCAUCUUGUGUUUCCGAAAUAACAUAUGAUUCUGAUAUUCCUCUUCAUUCAGGAAAUGAUCACCCUGAAGUAGCUGUUAAAGAAGUAAUCAUUCAGGAAGAAGAAAACGUUCCUUUAGAAGGGAAGAAUGACAGUCCCAGUGGUUCUGAAAUAUGUUUGGAUUCUAAUGCCCCUCUUCAUUCAGUGACUAAUUCUGAUGUAGCUGUUGAAAAGAUAAAUUCCCCUAACGAAGAGCAGGUACACAUAGAACAGAAGGAAAAUGAACCUACUGAUUCUGAACUAGACACUCUUAACUCAAAGCCUGGAUGUUCUGAAGAUCCUAUUAUAAUACGUGCUUCUGAAACAACACUGGAUUCUCAUAUCCCCUUUCAGUCAGUUAUUCGCAAAUGUGAAAUAAUUGUCAAAAAUGUAUGCCCUCCAAAAGAAAAGCAUGCUCAAUUGCCAAGUCAAAGCACGGAGUCUCUUUCUGAAAUCAAUUCAGCUUCUUCUUCUGCUCCUCAAGCAGUGACAGAACCUUACGUAGGUAAGAAAGCCAAGAGAAAGACAAAGCAUCUUGAGGAAGUCAAGAGCGAUGAUGAAUAUGACUGUCCACCAACUUUCCAUUCUGAUGGUUUGCCUCAGUUAAUGACUGAAGAACCUCAACCAGCUGCUUUGAACGAGGACCAUGCUGACCCAAAGGACGAGAGCACUGAUGGCAGUCUGAAUGCUGCUGGUUGUCUUGAUUCAGUCAUUAGCCAACCUCAGCCAGCCGAGAAGGAAGACCAUGUUGAACUGGAAGACACAAACGGCCAACCCAGUGAUUCUAAAGCAAGUGUUGAUUCUCCUGGCCACUGUCAGUCACCACCUAAAGACGAUGUGAUCACAAAAAUGAGCCAGUGGAAAAACGAGGCAAAGGACCUUGAAAAGAAGAUCAGUGAACUUAUUUAUUCAAAACUAAUGCAUGAUUCUAGUGUUUCUUUUCGUUCUGCAAUGGAUCACCUUGAACUAGCUCUUAAACAAAUAAAUCUUGAUAGUAAUGAUCAAUUGCCCUCAGAAGAUAACAGCCAGGAUGCCAGUUCUGAAACAAACUUGCACUCUGAUUUGUCAGUCCAGGCAGUAGUUGGAGCACCCGAAAUAACUGUUUUGGAGCCUGAACACAUUGAACUUGAAGGUAGGAAUAAUGAGUCUUGUGAUUCUAAUGACUCUGCCCAAUCAGAGGCUGAUCAGCGUAGUGACAGUGAGGAAAACCAAAGUCAGAAGGAUAAAGAGGACACGGAGGGUAAGAAGGAUGAGGUGCAGGGUUUGGGAAAUACAUGUGUUUCCAAUGUCCCUGAGCCAUUGGCUGGCCAAACUGAAGUUGAAGUAGUUCAGGAGAGCAGCCAUUGGAAGGAGCAGGGGGAUUUGGAAGAUACAGUUGGUGAAUCUAUUGACUCACAAAUCAACUUGCAUUCUGAUGAACCACUCCAGUCUGUGACUAAUACAACCCAAGAGCCUGCUGAAGAAAUACAUUUACUGAGGGGACAUGUUAGACCACAUGAUAGUGACUGUGACCCCUGUGACUCUGAAAUAGUGGCUAUUUCAAAUGUCAUUUUUUGCUCAGUGACUCGGAAACCACAGUGUUUGCAAACAGAGUGUACCAGUACGAAAGUAAAGAGCAGCAGUCCUUGUGGUCCUGAGGUGAGUGUUGAUUCUCAUGACGGUCCUGAAACGAGUUUGGAUUCCAGUGAUCCUUGUCAGUCAGUAGCAGGCCAUCCUCAGAAAACUGUCAAGGAAAUGACUCUGAAGGAAGACCAUAUUUACCUGGAAGACAAGAGCUACAGGCUAGUUGAUUUUGAACCAACUUACUAUCCUGAUGAUCCUGUUCAGUUGGUGACAUAUCCAUCUGUGGAGGAUGCAUCUAUCACAGAAGUAAACUUGCAAAGAGAGACUCAUAAUGACCUAGAAAAUGAGACCUUCCAGCCAUGUUGUUCUGAAGUACCAUGCAGUUCUGGUGUUCAUCUACAGUCAGAAGUUGACCCACCUCAAGUGGCUUGCACAGUAGCAGAUCUUGAGAAGAAAGAGCCUGACAUAGAAGAAAAGUACAACGAGUCUUGUGAGCCAGAAAUGCUGUAUGAUUCUGAUGUCUCUUUUCAGAUAGUAGUUAACCAGCUUCAAACAGCAGAUGAUGGAGAAACAGAUUCACCACAGGUGGUGUUUGUGGAUGUUGUGUCCAGUGAUAGUGAUUGUGACCGGGAAGUAAUUUCUGAUUCAAAUAUCCCUCUUCAGCUAGAAACUGAGCCACCUCAGUUGACUGUCAGAGAAACCAAUGAGAUAAACACGGAUUCUGCUGGUUCUGCAGCAAUGGAAAAGUACUUUUGCAGAUUCUGUGGUUGUGAUUAUGAAGCCUCUCAGUCAGUGACAAAUCAGUCCAAGGAAAGUUUCAAAAUAAUAAAUCGGAAGAAUGACUACAUUAUUCUGGGAGAUUCCACUUGUUCAUCUUGUGGUCAUGAACUCAAUUUCAAUGUUGAUGCCUCUGAACAGCCCACUACCUGCCAGUUACAAGGGCCUGAUGGUAAUUGUAUUGCCCCAGAAGUUAAGAACUAUGACUCUAAUUGUCCUGAUGCCUCUGAACAGCCCACUACCUGCCAGUUACAAGGGCCUGAUGGUAAUUGUAUUGCCCCAGAAGUUAAGAACUAUGACUCUAAUUGCCAUGAUGCCUCUGAACAGCCAACUACCUGCCAGUUACAAGGAACUGAUCGUAGUUCUGUUGACCCAGAAGUUAAGAAGAAUGUCUCUAAUCCUCAUAAAAGACAUUUCACCUCGGAAGAUACUGUCAGAAGUGCCAGUCCUUGGAGAGAGCCAAGAAGUGUUGUCUGUCGAGACAGGAACUGGGAGUCUAGCAGUUUUGCACCAGGCUCUUCUCUCUGUCCUGUGUCACUGAUGGGCCGGACAACUGUGAUGCAUAUCCCUUUGAAGAUACCGGACGAGGAUCUAGAAACUUCUCCAUCUGACCUGCAUUUUUACUAUGAUUCUGACACUGAUGAACCUCAGCCUGCCAAGAAAGCACGCUCCAGUAAGAAGAUAACUUUUGACAUGAGAGUAACUAAGUAUGAAUAUGAAGACCCUGAGGAAAUGGAAGGAGAGGAAGAGUUUGCAGAACUAUUUCUUGAAGUGCCACCUCAGGUCCCUCCAUUGGUUGUUGUAACACCUCGGUGUCAGAUGAGCGAAACUCCAUUGGUUGUUGAAGCACCUCCGUGUCAAAUGAGUGAAGCACAAUCAGUUGUUGUAACACCUCGGUCUCAGAUGAGUGAAACUCCAUUGGUUGUUGUAACACCUCGGUCUCAGAUGAGUGAAGCUCCAUUGGUUGUUGAAACACCUCGGUGUCAGAAGAGGAAACCACGAUCGGUUUUUGGAACAACUCGGUCUCAGAUGAGCGAAGCGCCAUUGGUUGUUGAAACACCUCGGUGUCAGAUGAGUGAAGCUCCAUUGGUUGUUGAAACACCUCGGUGUCAGAAGAGGAAACCACGAUCGGUUGUUGGAACAACUCGGUCUCAGAUGAGUGAAACUCCAUUGGUUGUUGAAACACCUCGGUCUCAGAUGAGCGAAGCUCCAUUGGUUGUUGAAACACCUCGGUGUCAGAAGAGGAAACCACGAUCGGUUGUUGGAACAACUCGGUCUCAGAUGAGCGAAGCUCCAUUGGUUGUUGACACACCUCGGUGUCAGAUGAGCGAAGCUCCAUUGGUUGUUGACACACCUCGGUGUCAGAAGAGGAAACCACGAUCGGUUGUUGGAACAACUGGGUCUCAGAUGAGCAAAGCAGAAUCGGUUGUUGGAAAAACUCGGUCUCGGAUGAGGAAAAAUGAGGUGAAAAGCAACGCACAGGAAUCUCAAGGUCAUCUCUCCAGUUGCUCUAAGACCAAGAUAAUUCUUCUGGGUGCAAAAGAAAGGACUGCCUGCUCUGACAAUAACCAGAACACAUCAGUUCACGCAUUGUCACAUCUUGAAUAUAUUGAAGGUAAAGUUGGAGACACCAAUGACGUCUCAGUGGCUGUAGGUAAACCGUCUUGUUCCCUAGCAGAGGGGCUCCAUCAGCAACAUGGGCAUGUGGCUUCUGAGAACCAGGUAGAAGGAGUCAGAUGUGGAACUCAAGCAAGGUCUCGGAAGAAAAGAAAAACGGCAGGACAAGAACAAUUAACAAAAGGGAAGCAUUCCCAACCUGACAGCCAGAAAAAGAAAACCCGAACUAAGAAAACAAAGUCACCCAGACCACAGACUAAAGCUUCGGAGCCUGUACAGCCGGAUUCCUUAGUCUCUAUUUUUUCUUCUCUAACUAUGAAGGAAAAUCAGUCUUUGAAACUGCCUAGAAAGAAGGCUGGCAGGGAGAGGGACUUACAAUUCUUAUACAGUUGUAAAGAGCACAGCGCUCCUAGCCCAGCACAUAAGAAACCUGUGACUAAUCCUCCCCAGACCGCAGCGGUAGCAGACUGGGACAAACGUGAGGUAGCUGGCAGUGGUCUCAGCAAGACUGACCCCAUGCCCAGUGCAGGAGAGAGUGGUGCCGACAGACCAAGCGUGGCUUCGAGACCCAUUCUGGCAACGCCGAAGAAAAGAAGGGUGUUCAGGAUCCUUGGGGCCAGCCAGUCUUCACCUCCAGAAAAUUCAGGUGCAGUUCCUGCAGUUCCAAAGGAUAACAAUUUCCAGCAAACUCUUUCCAAUCGUGAAAGUCCCAGAAUUAUUCCCAAAUUAAUUCUAAAGGAGAUUAUAGACAGUAAAAAUCAAAAGAGAUUUUGGAAAAAGAAGAUGGCCGCUACACAUCAAUCAAGCUUACUCAAAAAUGCUUACAAAACAGUGGUUCUCCGGAAAAGAACGAAGUUUUCAGAAAAAAUGGCUCUUUGGCUUCAGCUGACAGCCACCGACAUCGUUAGGAAGUAUAUUCGCGGCCGUAGUUUUACACGCCUCCGGAGGCGUCAGUCAAAGACUGUUUUAUUUCGAAUGCAACUGAGGAAGAAGAAGAUCGUCGCCAGGAAGAUAAAGGAGGCCAAGAGAGCAGCCGCUGAAGCGCGUGCGCGUGCGCGUGCACGUGUACGUUCGCGCCUCUGCGUGGUCUCAGUUGUCCCAGCUGUUCCCGAAGAGCCGUCCAGCAGCGCGGCGGCGGCGGCGGCGGCGGCGGCCGCGGCGGCUGCGGCGGGGCCCGCACUGCUGCCCGCUGUCUCUCCCGCUGCGAAUGCCGCUGCGGGAGUAAAGCGCUACCGGAAAACCUACCGAAGGAGGAAGAAGAAGAAGCUGCUGCCCGUGAGAGAGUAUGACCUGAGAAGCUCAAGUUCCACAUCAAACGCCGACAGGAUGGUGACACGUCGCACAAGGAAAUCGAGAAGCACCGAGGCAAAGUAAACGCCGCAUAUCGUGGCGGAUGGAGAGAUCAGUCCUCACUUGGACGGGACACAUUCGGACUUGAAUGGACAUACUUUUCCCAGCUUUGGCGGGGAAACUGACACUAUCCUUACACUAUUUUGCUACAGAUAUUAUUUUUCAGAGAUUUUAUAUUCAUUUAAGAUUAGUGUUUAGGGUCCUUUUUUUUUUUUUCUUUUAAAGGUUUAAAAGCAAACUUUGUCCUGUUUCUGUAGAAGAGCUUCAUCUUAAUUUGUCUUAUAAUUUAGCAUAGAAUUUUGUCCCUUAAAUCAUGUCCACAUUCAUUUCCUCUGGAAAUCUUUCGUGCCAAAAAGUUAUAACACUGGGAGAAUGAACACAGCAAACUUAUUAAUGUCAUCUUUUAAACAACUGGACAGACGUCUUUACUGAAUUACCACGCUUACAAGUUGAAUCGUCAAUAAGUAUUCUAACUGGAUGAAUAAAAAGAGCGGCAUUGUGCUAUCUGAGUUUUCGACUAUGAUUGACUUGAAUGUUCACAAAAAUAUAAUUUAUUUUUCUUUUAAAGGCAUUCCACGAAAUAAUUCUUUAAUUGAGGUUUCUUUUUUCUUUUUUCUUUUCUUUCUUUCUUUUUUUUUUUUUUUAAGUGCCUGGUGAUUUUUAUAGACAGCAGAAAUUCUCCUUCAUUUAGAUUGGAUCUGCAAGUCUGGAGCUUUCCUUUUUUGGACACAUACCCACAAGUCUGUUCAUUGGCAUUAUUAACCUUAUAUGGAAAAAGACUUUGCAAACAUGAUUAGGCUUUUAAACUACCUUUUCUCCCUUUACUAGUAGUCUAAAAUGAAAAUCCAGGUAAUUUUUAUCAUCUUAUUAAUAUUUCAGGCACCAUUUAAAAUAUUGAAGUAAAGUUACUGGUUUGAUAAUAGUGUGUGGGCUGGCCAUUGUCAAUGAGUGAAAAGCUUGAACAUUUCAGAACACUUAAACUAGUAACUUAACUAGAGACCCACUUUACAAGUGAGAAACGAUUUAUACAUCAAUCAGUUUAUCUUCAACUGUCUAAUUAUCUUAAACUAGUUAGAUAGUUCAAGGUGAGACUAAUUUGACAUCUUCAACUACCUGAUUGAUUUUAACAGUUCAGAUAAAAGAUGCUUGGAUACACAGUGUGAGCCUCUGGUACUUGAUUGAGUAUAUAUAUUCCUUUAAAGGGACCUUGACUGACCUGGUGCAGAUGCAUCCUAGUUCUUGUUCAGUCAAGACCUCAAUCUCUUUCUGUCAUCAAUGUUACAAGGAAACAAAGUUUCCCUUUAUUGUGUAACUAAUAUAUCUUAGUGAAACUAGUGUCAGUGUUAAGCUGUGUGGUGAUUUCAGAGAUAAAACUGUGUUACCUUAGAAUUAAUGAAAUAUCAAUGUGGUUUUGUUUCAGGUGCCAUUACUUAACCUGUGAGUCAUUAAUGGUGAUACUGUCAUUACUUCUAAAUAUAAGCAGUAAUUAUAUUGCAGAGUGGACAAAUGUGUUUUUUUUAGUUGGCAAGUAACGUGUUUAAUUUCUUCAACCUUGCCUCCUGAUUAUACAAACAUUUUAAUUCCCUUUCUUAAAAAAUAUCCCAGUAAGCCACUAGUCUUUUUUUUUUUUUUAAAUCUUCAAGUUUUAAUUAAGGAAGAAAACUGUUUCACUGAUUAUGAAGUAAACAUGUAAAAGCACUCUGUUUGCAGGUAUUAAUGUCUUUUGUAGUUCCCAGACACCCUAAUGUCUUUUGUAGUUCCCAGACACCCACUAAAAUAAACACUCCUGCAAUAUAAGUUAAAAGAGAGAGUUCAUACUCAAAUAACCUACCAUGGAAUUAUGCCAGAUUAUGUCUACUACGAUUAUAUUCUGCAAUGUGGAUUAUUCUUAUAAUUCAAAUGAUAAAAAUUUCAAGUUCAAAAAUGUUACAGUUUUUUUUUUUCCCCACAAAUCGGAAACUUUUCUAAGUAUCAUUUUAAGGAAAAGAUUCCUAUGUAAAAUUCACAUCACCCAACUAUAAAAUGUCUGCUACAGGUUUUGUUUAGCAUUUUGCAAGUGUUUACUAAGUUCUUCUAAGGAAUAUUAUUUUAGGCAAGCUUGGAAACUUGAAAUUAUAAAACGUAAGUUAAAUUGGAAGUGAAUUUUUCAGAAUUUGAUAGGAUACAAGAUGUGCCCCUUUGUCUACAUGAAUAUUGGCUUAAUUUUCAGGCUAGGUUGAAACAAUUGCUUAUUUUGUGUAGUCAAGAGUGCAUUUUAGUCUUUUAAUAGUAGUACAUCAAAUUACAACCAUAGUGAAUAUUUUGUUAAUCUUGUCCUUUUCAGUAUCUUGAAUAGAUUUUUAUUGUAAUUGUCCUGGUGUAUACAGUGUGUGGACAAUAUUGUGUAAAGAGUGUUUUUUGCAUUUGUGCAUUUAAAUUAUUUAUGUAACUAGGGCUCUGAGUAACACUUUUUCUUUUGCUUAAAGAAAGCUAUAUUUAAAUAUUCAAAUAAUUAUAUAUUUCCAUGUAAAACUAAUGUGAAGACCGAUGUAUUUUUUAUAAUGCAAUUUAAAGUGUAAGCUUGUUUUGAUGUUAUCAAGAUAAAUUUAUUAAAUAUUGAAAUUUGUGUGUACUCUCUCCUCAUAUUAGAACCUUUUCCUGGAAAUACUUAAAAAGAGUCAGAGAGUAACCAAGUCUGAAGUAACUCUGUAAAAGGCCUGAGAGAUGAUAAAUAAGAGAGUGCAAAUGUUGAUGCUGGCGAGAAAAGAGUUUAACCAAAGAUGCACAGUUGUACUCUAAUCAGUAGUUAUUUCAAAAGAUUAAACGACCACUCAUUUGCAUGGUGGAGUGAUGGGGCAGCUGUGAUUGAGUUCAGGAGCAGGAUCCAUCCCACCAUCUGACCCAUUUUGGGAAAGGAGAACCCCAGACCUUCCAUCUACCUCCCUGUCUUCUAGUGCCAUAGCGUAAGACCGUGCCGACAGGAUGACAUGGAAGAGUGUGUCAGGGGAGAGUGAGACAGGCGUUGUGACCCUAGAGUUGUUGACUUACAGGGUUUGUUUCUAGAAUGAGAAUAUCUUACUCUCUCCAAUGAGAAAUUACUUUGUAGUAAAGGACUUUUAUGUUUAGAAUCAUGGAAUUACAGAAUUAUACACCAAAAUGCCAACUUGGGGAAAUGGAAGGUAAGGAGAAGGCAUUUCCUCAUCUCUUGUUCAAAUGAACUCAGAUAUUAAAGGGGGAAAGGAUAAUUUAAAACAUUUCCCUUUGUCCUUAUACUUUAUGUGUGUAAAGUUCCAAGUAUUUUAAGCCAUGGGCUUUGUUUUUAAAACUGAUUUGCUUUGAUAAGGAUUAGGUCGAGGCUGAAGAAGGUUGUUGCUGGGGCUUUACAUUAUUUCUAGGUUUGUCUAUUGAUUUUAAUAACCUUUAAACCUGGAAAGCAGUUUAUUUACCAGAUUUACUCCCCCCAAAUUUAGUGUUUGUACAUAUUGAGCCCUUCUUGAGGACAGCACAUUUCCCUAAGCUUUAACUGCUUCGUGUCCCUUGAUCUUUGUAUUCGGGAGCCUUGGAUUCUAGAACUAUUACUAGGGAGAAAACUGAGGCAUAGAGUAGUUAACCCCCAUUUAUAGGCCAUCUCUCCCUUCUAGGUUCUGUCUCCUUAGUUUAUAAAACGGUACCUUUGUUAGCCUUGGUGUAGUUGUUUGUUGCUUUGUUUCACUUUGGUUUUUUUUUUAAAUUUGUUUUGUUUAUCAGGGUUAGGGUUUUUGUUGUUGUUUUCUGUUUGUUUGGUUGAGAAUCUCCUUUGUUAUAUAUAGCAUGCUGAGUAUUUUGGGUUUUUUAGUUACUUUUUAGCAAGUAGUUUUAAAUUGACUUCAGAUUUAAUUUUGUUGUCUUUCUGCCUCUGAGAGUUGAACCCAGGGCCUUGUGUGUGUGUGUGGAUUAGGUGCCCUGUUGCUGUGUUGUAUUCCAGUUCUCAGACAGUUGUUAGUGACCAGAGUUUUUGUCUCCUGACAGCAAGUGAGAAAGCCAGCAGGUGAGGCUAGCAUUGUUCCCUUCAUGGCUCUUCUUUAUGAUCUGAUUACUCCUCAGAUCCAAGACUGGACAGCAGAGUCGCCUUUUGGGGUGUUCUUGUGGCACACUUGAGUGUUGAAUGCUCUUUGGAUCUUUGACUCUCCUUUUCCUGCCCAGCGUGAGCAUUCCCUGUGCUUAGUCAGUCCUCAGUUUCAGCACACACACGCACGCACGCACGCACGCACGCACGCACGCACGCAUCACCUCAUGCUCUCAAUCCUUUCAUGAGGGAUUGCUUACAGGGAACUGAAAUCUGAGAAUGGUAACCAUCAAAUUGCUGGUUUAAUCCAGAUGUGUGCCACAGAGCCAGGAACUGUGUUGGUGACAGCCUCUUGGUUACGUUGUUCAGCAUAUUUAGAUAACAUCAAAACCAGGAAGUCAACAUUGAUCUCAUCUAUCUACUCUGCAGACCUUAUUAAAAUUUCACAAAUUAUCCCAAAAUGUCCUUAUAGGUCCUGGAUUUGAUCCACAUUUCUGGACUUGAUGGACUUUGUUGGUUUCUUCGGUAUGGAGCAGUUUCUCGCCUGUCUGUACUUGAUAGCAUGGCAUUUUGACGGUACCGCUUUAUUUGUGGAAUAUCCUUGAGUUUGAGCUUGUCUGAUGUUUCUUUGUAACCUGCAUUUUUGGAAUUCUGUGUUCUUCUCAGUGUGUAUUAACUGAAGCCAUGUGAUGUCAGUUUGAAUAAAUGUGGUGAUAGAAUAUA